ACAAGAACAACGUAGGCGUGAAACAAGCACGUACCUUGAAUUACACUGGUUUUUCGUUCUCUCUCUCUCCCACCCAAUAAAUAUUCUUCAUUUAUCAAAUUCUUUCGCCAUUUCCAUAUUUAGUAGCCACCCUUUUUGCUUCGUGUUUAUUUCUUUCUUUCUUUUCGUUUCGCCGCCAUUGCAGAGGUAAUUAGAGCUCUACAUCUCUCUAGCUCUAUAUAUAUACAUACACACACAUAUAUAUAUAAUAAACGGCAAUGGCGGCGCCGGAGGAAGUUGUUUCCAGGAAGUCAGGAGCGGCGGAGCCACCGCUUUCUGGGCACGCCACUCCGCCACGUCAAGAUCAUGAUUUCACAAAGGUCGCGGAAUCCGAAGCGGCGAGACAACCUCUCGAUAGAGAUAUCGCAAUGGCGAAGCUAGAACACGAGAAGAAGUUGUCGUUUAUUAAAGCUUGGGAGGAAAGGGAAAAAAGCAAAGUUGAGAACAAGGCUCAAAAGAGGCAGGCAAAAGUUUCAUCAUGGGAAAAUAGCAAGAAGGCAUCUCUUGAAGCCCAACUCAAGAAAAUACAGGUAAUUAAACACUAA